UUUCAAGCAGUGAUAGUUCAAGUUGUUACUAGCCUGUUGCCACAAAAACAUUUAUAGAAAUAUUUCUGCAGUCAGUUUUGUAAGGUUCUUGUAUGGUAUUACCCUCACCGUCACUUCACAUCCUACUCUGAGAUGAUUCAGUUCUUCCAUAGGGAUGUGGCCUUUAGGGCAAAAUAAAUUGCAAAGUCAUGAGUCAUAAGAACCUUUGAAGAACAGGUCAGGCAGACUAUAAAUUCAGCCUACCCACCAUCUGAACUGCAGAAACCUUGGACAGACCCAGAGCAGCAGUCUUCCUCCCUGCACAAAAUAAGGUUCAGAACAAUGGAAGCUUUAAAUAAAGCAAACACAAGCUUUGCUCUUGACUUAUUCAAACAUGAGUGUCAGGAAGAUGACAAUGAGAACAUCUUGUUCUCCCCUUUCAGUAUUUCAUCUGCCCUCGCUACUGUCUAUUUGGGAGCCAGAGGCAACACUGCAGAUCAGAUGGCAAAGGUACUCUACUUCAAUGAAGCUGAAGGAGCCAGAAACGUCACCACAACUAUAAGAAUGCAAGUCUAUUCCAGAACAGACGAGCGCCUAUCAAAUCGCCGUGCCUGUUUCCAGAAGACAGAAAUAGGCAAAUCAGGUAAUAUCCAUGCUGGGUUUAAAGCACUCAACUUGGAAAUCAACCAACCCACUAAAAAUUACCUGCUCAGAAGUGUCAACCAGUUAUAUGGAGAAAAGUCGCUGCCUUUCAGUAAGGAAUACUUACAGUUAGCCAAGAAAUACUACAGUGCAGAACCACAAUCAGUUGACUUUGUGGGAGCAGCAAAUGAAAUCAGAAGAGAGAUCAAUUCCAGGGUUGAACACCAGACUGAAGGUAAAAUAAAAAGUCUGCUGCCUCCUGGAUCCAUAGAUUCACUCACCAGGCUAGUCCUGGUAAAUGCACUGUACUUCAAAGGAAACUGGGCAACAAAGUUUGACGCUGAAGAAACCAGGCAAAGGCCUUUCAGAAUAAAUACGCAUACAACUAAACCAGUGCCAAUGAUGCACCUGGCUGAUAAAUUUAAUUGGACCUACGUAGAAUCAGUCCAGACUGAUGUUCUUGAACUUCCAUAUGUCAAUAACGACCUCAGUAUGUUCAUCCUGCUGCCACGGGAUAUCACUGGCCUACAAAAGCUAAUAAAUGAAUUGACUUUUGAAAAAUUGUCUGCAUGGACCAGCCCAGAAUUAAUGGAGAAAAUGAAAAUGGAAGUGUAUCUGCCCAAGUUCACAAUAGAAGAGAAAUAUGACCUGAAAUCUACUUUGAGAAAGAUGGGGAUAGAAGACGCUUUCACAGAAGGUCAAGCUGAUUUCAGGGGAAUGUCAGAGAAUGCUGACCUGUUUCUGUCACAAGUUUUUCACAAAUGUUAUGUGGAAGUCAAUGAAGAAGGCACAGAGGCAGCAGCUGCCAGUUCAGCAUCUCUAGCAUCACGAAGCCUUGGUGCUGCAGUUUUUUUUGUAGCAGAUCACCCUUUUCUCUUCAUUAUUAGACACAACAAGACCAAGUGCAUCCUUUUCUUUGGAAGGUUCUGCUCCCCCUAGAAAAUCAACUGUUAAUAAACAAGCCCUUACAACAACGAUGUACACAUGUAUGCCACGAAGAGCACCUCAACAGACUGUGAACUUUACCAUAAUUUUCCUGUACUAUUGACAAUCUCUGCUAGAAGAGAGCUCAUAUUAAAAAUAACAAGAAUUCAA